AUCCAACAAGUAACGGUGUGAGACAAAGGCGUACACAAGAAGAUGGAGAUAUUGAUGCUGUGUUAAAACAACAACGGAAAGUUCAGGAAAGACUAGCAGAAGAAUUACUCAGCCAUACUCUAAACCUAAAAGACUUUGCAGUAGCCUCAAGUUCUAUUGUUAAAAAAGAUAUAGAGAAAAUUGGUGACACCAAUAAAUUAGCAGACAAAAAUUACUCUAACUUACAAAGAGAGAGUCAAAGACUUGAGGCAAAGACAAAAUCAUGCAGCUGGUGGAUUUGGAUCAUGCUUGUACUUGUGACCUUGACAUUUCUCUGGAUGGUGGUUCUGAUGCGAUUGUUUCCAAAGUCAUGAUAUUCGUCUUCUACCUUGUAUACACAAACUGUGCAAUAUUGAUGGCUUAUGUUAAAUCGAGAAAAGAGCUUACCAGAAAUUAUGUUAGAUAUGUAAAAACAUGUUUAACGCC